AUGGAUGGGACAAUCCAAGCAAAACAAGAUCCCGACACCGCGUCUGAUGUGUCUCAUCCCCCUCCACAUCAAGCUAACACAAAUCAACAAAACCCUUAUCCUGAUGCAAAUAUAUCGUUGAACCAACAACUACCGACGGUGUCAACAAAUCAAUCCAUACGGACUUGUCUGAGCCUGCAACAAUAUGCCCACUCGCAUAGUAAUGCACCCCUCACUUUCAACGAUAGCUCACCAAUUGAAGGUAUGCAUCUGUUUUUAAAUCACCCUCCAGGCAGGAGGCGAUCCCCUUAUAUGCAUCUUAAUGAUUUGAAUCAACCGUUACCCCCAAUAGGCUCAUCUCCUGGGGAUGAUCCAUAUGCAAGCAUACCACCCGCACGCCGACCUCAAAACAAUUUGGUUCGCAAUGGCUUUACCAGCUCAUCGCCAGUAGUGAAUAUACAUAUACACAGCUCAAUAUAUGUCAAUGGUUCAUCACCAUCGAAUCAAUACCAGCAAUCAAGUACUGGUAGUUUCCAUAAUACGACACCCUUUUCAUUUCAACAUCAAACAGAAAACAGAGUUGAUUUACAAAGUAGCGCAUUUCAAGGGCCAUCACGCCCGUCCAAUAACAUUCAGUUUUCAUCCAAGCGAAGUUUUGACAUGUCAUCUGGUGGCCCACAUGAACCUCAAUUGUUUGUCAAUAGCGCGUCGAGCACGCCGAGCCAAAAUAAAGCUAAUUGGGCACCUAGAGGCUACAAUGAGAACACGCACCACUCAAGUCCCAGUACGGCAAAUUAUUCAUCCCCACAAGUACAAGAGCUUCCAAGUUUGACUCCAACGCACAGCCAAUCUCCAGCGUUGAAUCAAAUCAAUAGAUUACCAAGUAGUCCGUUCGCCACGGGAAGUAACAGGCCGCCAAAUUCUACUACCAAGAGCUCUUCAGUGCCUAUUGCAACUCCUAAAACUCUGAAGAGAAAAUUCAAAAUGUCAAUGGACGAUUUAGAGAGCACUUUCCGAAGCUGGAGUGGAGCCCCUAAGCCGAGAACACGGAGUGGAGAUCUUGGCGAGGAACAGAAAUUUAUUACAGCUGAGAAGAAACCGGAGAUGGUUAUCGUAAACACCAAUACACAAAAUUCAAAGCUUACUACUUAUCAAGAAUGCAAUACGAAUACAGUUGGGACAUCAGCUCCAAAUUCGACCUAUAGUGAAUUGAAGAUACACAACCCGCCCUUAUCAAAACCAACCAGCCAUACCACCCCUGCCGUAGAGCCUAAUACGAUUGAAAAGGAACCGGAAAUGGUUACUACAAGAACUUCGACACAAGACACUAAACCCGCAUUUGUUCAAGUAAGCAAUCUGCAAGCAAUAGGUCUACUGGCCACCAAUUCAUCCUUACCUAAGUCAUCAACUGUACAAAAUGUGAAACCAAUUGUAAUUGAGCUAUCAGACGAUGAUUCAGAAGUGGAGGCUACAAAACCUUUUCUGGUAGCACCAGAGACUUCAAUAAUUGUUAUCGGAAGCGAUGAUGAGGAUGAAGCUGGGCCAAUUGCACCUACAAAUAAUUCCAAGCAUGAAAAAGCAAUGAACACAUCGUUGAUAUCAUCACCUAUACUGGUGAAACCUAGGUUUGAUUUCAAAAACAUCUCAGACUCAAUUACCGACUCUUCCUUUUCGUUCACAAAGGUUGAUACCAAACACGCUGUAGCUCCGGAAGCCAAAAAGCCUCCAAAACUUGGCCACAACACCCCAGUUCAAGAAUCCAAAGAUUUUCUGGAUGAUAACCCAUUUGACUUACCUCCCCAGCCAGCGUUUAUUCAAUGGCUAAGUUCUGAUGAAGAGGACUAUGCCAAAGAUAUCGCUCUAGGUACAAGGACAACUACAAGUAGUAUUGUCAAAAAUAAAGCAGAUCCAAUAGUAUCAGAAUCGUUGCCUAUCCAUAAGGACGUAAGCAACACAAGGACCGUGGGAAUGCCAGUCUCGUUGACCAACAGAUCUACUGGUAACUUAAAUUAUCAAAAGACUGGCAUUGCAAGCAGAUCUAAAUCUGUACUGAGUGCCCGAUUUUCCAGGCCGGCUACUGAGAUUUCCUUGAAACCAGUGAAGCGAGCUAGCACAACCCAAGAUGGAGAGAGCUCUACAGCAAAGAAAGCAAAAAAGUCUAAAACUGAUAGCUUGCUUGCAGAAUUACCUAAAAUUGACAAUUUUGAGUAUAGCUAUAAGGAGUUACAGGAAGCCAAUCGAGUGAAUAGAAAGAAAGAGGAGUUACAUGCAGAGAUGGAGAUUUAUAUCAGCAUGAAACCUUACAACGUCUUGAAAGAGUUCACAGAAGAAUUUAAGCUGAAAGUUGCAACUUUUGAACUGGAGUUGCCUUUAGUGUACUGGAACAGAAACGCCAAGGCGGAGUACAUCAAAGAGAAGGAUUACUUUAUUCCCACUGCGGCAAAGAAAGUGGUACAACAAACGUUUGUCAUGUACUAUUUGGCCCAAGAUUUUUUAGACAAGCUACAUUCAAAUAAACUCAAAAAUGAUGUGUUGAAAGGAACUGAAGAAAUGUGUAAGAUUUCGACCCACAAGUAUCACGUGAUUCUUUUAGUUGAAGGAUAUGAUCAAUUAAUUAACAAGAUAAAAUCAUACAAGCAAAGACAGUUCCGGUCACAAGUCUUAAAUGGCGAAGAACAAUCAAAGAAAAAGAAAGAUGAUGAGCAAAUGUCAAAAUUUCCUGAACCGAUUGAGAUUGCAAAGUUGUUUAAUAGAGCUCAAUUAGAUUUAAAGGUUAACAUUUUUCCAGUUCGUUCUCGACAAGAAGGUGUAAUGUGGUUGAACUCUUUCACUUACACCAUUGGAUCAGCUUUAUAUGACAAGUAUGAGAGAAAUCAAGGAUUAGCAAACUUGGGAGUUGUUAGAUCGGGUAGUGAUACCAAAGCAACUUUUUUGCAAUCAAUUCAACAUUUCCCACGUAUGACGCAUUCAAAGGCCCAAAUAUUACAAUCUUCUCAUGGAUCCAUGUAUCUGAUCUAUUCUAAAUUUUGUACAUCGGGUACAUUGGGUAAAGAUACGCUUGGAAGAAACAUUGUACCUCCAUCAGUUGAUUCAACAAUGUUGAACUUUUUUACAUCGGAUGACCCUGACAAGGCAAUCACAUGA